UUCUUUUUCUCGUGUUCGUCCCCCGAACCAGAAGUGCUUAUUACGAAUUAUUAUUUCGUUGAUAGUGUUGUUUUUAUCCACAAUUUCCUUGUAUACAACAACAACGAACAGUGUUCAGUGACAUAUUUAUGACCACGAAAAACAGCAUUAACACUGCUAACAGCAUCGUUGUCGUUCGCGUGACGGCGAAUAACAAAUCAAUGGACGACAUGUAACGCGGUCACUAUUGUUUUUUGAUUCGAUCAAAACAGCGUACGCUAUUGAUCAUAGACGCCCCGGGCCAUACAACGUUGUCCCGUCUGACCAACAUUUCUAGAAAAAGAUCUGAUGUCCGUCGUAUUGCUCAAAUCUGUCGCUAAAUAAUGAAAAUGAGCGACGAAACGCCAGUCAGUUCUUUGGUACUACCAGUUUUGAUCAGGCCGAUUUUGUCUCAGUUAGAGAAACGCAAUGUUUCUGCGUCUCAAACUUUACGGUCAGCAUUGUUUAAAACAGAAAAUACUCAUCCUGGGUUUGCGUACAAUUUGGUUGCUGGUAUAAUGAAACAAGGUGAUAUUAGUAUUAAUAUGAAUGAGAGUGUAUUGAGACUUCAAGGCACAGUUUCUGAUCUAGAAGGUGGUGAAUAUCGGUUAAAUAGAUCUGAAGAUGCAUUUCAAGAAUUAAAUAAAAAAUCUAUGGCUUUAAAAAGAAUAUUAAGUCGCAUACCAGAUGAAAUCAAUGAUCGUAAAACCUUUUUGGAAACAAUUAAAGAGAUAGCUAGUGCUAUAAAAAAAUUACUUGAUGCAGUAAAUGAAGUAUCUGCAUAUAUUCCAGGGCCUAGUAAUAAACAAGCAUUAGAACAGAGAAAACGUGAAUUUGUUAAGUAUUCCAAGCGGUUCAGUAAUACACUGAAAGAUUAUUUCAAGGAAGGACAUGCCAAUGCAGUAUUUAUCAGUGCCUUAUAUUUAAUUCACCAAACAAACCAAAUUAUGAUAACUGUAAAAAGUAAAUGUGAAUAAAAUUUUUAAUUUAUUUUUCUUAUAUUUCAAUUAAUAAUUAAGCAAUGUAAUACAUUCCACUACCAAUUAUUUAUCUCAUAGAAAAAAGAAAACAAUGUUAUAUAGUUUUAAAAUAAUAUCAAAGUAUAUUUUUAAUAUCUUGUAUUUUCUAUUUAAAUACAUUGUCAUAUUUAGAAAAUUAUUUAGAAAUAUUAUUGUUUUUACAAAUUCUUUUAAUCUAUUUAUGAACAAUAUUAAUUUUAUUUUGAAUUCUUGAGUUAUAAAGACUUUGUUUAAAUGGAGUUCAAUUUCUACUUGUUUUUUCUUUCAGUAUAUUUUAACUAGCAAAUUUUCAUUACAAAUUAUAAUAUGUUAAAGCACUUGUCCAAUACAAAAAAUAUUUUUGUUAACAUUCAAUUAUAAUUAUGAUUUGAUUUAUCGUUAAUAGUGUCAACUCUUCACUAUUAUUUUAUACACAUAUUAAAUAUUCAUAAAUGUUAUAUUUUUAUGCACAGUAUUAUAGUUAAGAAUGUGAUUAAGUACAAGUUGUGCUAAUAAAAAAUUCUUAUAUCAUACAUUAAAGGUAGUAUGUUAAGUAUCAAAAUAAAAUUAUUACCAUUAUUUAUUAUUAUAAUUUAAAUAAACUAUAAAAUAAAUUUUUAUUUUUUAAAUAAUUAUUAUGUUUAAAACAUUUCAAAGCUCUAUUUUUAAUUAUAAUGAAUAAACAAUUGUUAACCCUUAUCAUAAACAUAUUACUAUUUACUCAAUUAAUGUAUUGUAAUUAAAUUAAUAAUAUAGUAUAUUAUUAGUUAAUUUAUUUUAUUUAAAUUAAAUUGUAUUUAUAUAUAAAAAAACUAAUUUGUUUAGAAUGUAAUAUUUUAAUUCAAUUAUUAUCAAUAGGACAUUGUAUCAAUUCCUAUAAUUGUUAUAGAAAAAUAAAUCUAGAAACAUGUGCAAUUUACCUUGAAUGUCAAAAGAAUGUUAUACAGGAUUUUAAACAAAAAAGUAUUUUCUAUUCUUAAAAUUACAUGUUUACUAUAUGUUUUAUUCCAUUGUGUUGUUGAUUAUAUAUAAAAACAUUUUUGUACUGAAAUGGGAUCAAAUGAAGUGAUAUUGAAUUGCUUAGAUAAAUUAAAUUUAGUUAAAUGAGUUAAGUUGAAUUUGAAGUUUGUAUAUUUUUUUUUAAAGUGCAUGAAAUAAAAAUUCUUAGAAAUUGUUCUAUAAUAAAUUCUAUUGACUAUGA